AAAAUUGAAUGCCAUGUCAAAAACUCAAACAGAUUCUCAUGUCAUAACUCCAAGUUUAGGACUUCACUGCAGAUUAGCAAGAAGGACAUGGACCAAAAUAGGAAGUGGAAUCAAAUAAUUGUUAUAUAUUAUUUAUGAUAUAAGAGUGUUUAUACAUAGCAUAAGUCAAGAUAUAACAAAAUAGACCAUCUCCAGAAACUUCAGUUGAAAAGUUGGAAAACAAAGAAAUAAAAGCAAGCUGCUUUUAUUUUGUAUCACUAAAAAAAAUGAAUAAAAAUAAAAAUCCUCUGUAUGAAGAAAAUUUACCAAAAAGGUUACAGACCUAAUAAAUCAGUAAAUCAAGAUCAGAGAGCACCUCUAUCUCCACAACUGAUAAUUUACGGUUCAAACACCACAUUAUGUAAAAAUCCUGUCAAAGAAUUAAAUCAAAGGCAACCACGUUGUUCUCUAUUAACCUGUUUAAUCUACCUGGCCAUGGCGCAUUUAUCAUGUAUUGUAAGUAUACCUAACACUGGAUGGAAACAGAAAUCAGCAGGUACCGUAUUAACAUUUCAAAUAUCAUGCUCUGUCUUCCAGCUCAAAGCCAAAGCAUGUCCUCACAAUCACUGUAUUUCUAACAUACUCACUGUUAAUCAGCUCAUAUGGCGAAGGAAUAAGAUAAGGGAUGGGAUAAGACUGUUUGUUAUCCUACACAAUAACGUUUAAAUUUAUGAAUGAUUUACACCUGGGGUGGUGGGUUUGAUGCAAAUGAGCAUAAAGGAAGUUGUCAGCAGCAUUACCCUAGCCAAUAGUAGUAGAGCUCCAUUUUAGCUGUGCAAUAGGCUGCAUUAAAAUACAGAGCAGACCAGCGCUUUUUCAGCAUCCUUUCAGAUAAGAGGUAGCCUACAGAUCUGCUGCAGUGAGCACAAUAAAAGGACUCCCCAAGGAUGGCAACCUUCAACACCAGUCACUGGAACGAGACUACAUCCCUUUACCAAUAUCUUGGUUUCCAAGUGCAAAAGAUUUACCCUUUCCAUGAUAACUGGAACACGGCCUGCUUUAUUAUUCUGGUUAUAUUUAUCUUUACUGUAGUUUCUCUGGUGGCACUGGCCUUCCUUUACGAGCUGCUUGACUGUUGCUGCUGUGUGAAAAAUAAAACAAUGAAAGACCUAGAUAAUGAAUCCAACCCGGUGAGAACCAUGAUGGACACCUUUAGAAAGAGAGAAACAGAAGUGGUGUAAUAACUAGAAAUCACAGAAGAAUCCACAAACAAAGUGAAGCCUCUUGCAUCUCAUGAGCAAGUUGUGUGCUUUUUGAGCCUUAAAUAUCAUUAUAAGCAGCAACUAUUUCACUUCUGGAUGUGAACCUGAAUGGCUAGCAAAAUCUGUAUACGGUUUGAAUGUUAUGUGGGAAGAUUUUUUGUUUUAAAUGAACUUUUGUCAUCUAUAUUUAAUUACUAGAGUAAAUAUUUGUUCAUCAGAACAAUUCACAAUGUUGUAUAAUUGGAAAAAUACAGAUCGACCUGAUUAUCACCUUCACUCCUGCCAUCUCAUGUCUGUCUCCUCCUUGGUCUACUGGAUUCUUCCAUAUGUCUGUCUGUCUGUCAGCCUCAAGCAAUACACCUCAAUGUGAAAGGAUAUUUCUGUCCAUGCAUGGCUGAAAUCAGGGGAGAGGGGCUACAAUUCCAGAAACUCCCUACCCUUUAGCAGCUCUCCUUUUGGAGAAAGUCGGUAUGACAUUUACCCAAACAAUAGUAAUCUUCUUUAAAACGAAUUUAUUAAAAAGAAAAAAAACCUCAGUAAGCAAAAUAAAUGGUUUUCAUUACAUAUUGCAUCUGAAUACUUUGCAAAGCCCAAUAAGGCAGGGUUUCUUCUUAUAUAGAAAAAAAUGUUCAUCCCUAGAAAAGAAGUACCCCUCUGGUCACUUCUUGGUAGCACCAGACAGUUUCUCCCUGUAGCUCAGAGAAGCCCCACCCUCACCCAAACUGCUUAUCAAUUCCUAAGUGUUAAGAGUUUGUUAUCACAUCAGAGUGAGGUCACCUCCAUAAAUUCCACAAAGGAGUGCUCAGUCAAGAGUUCUGUCUUGACGCAAAUGAGUGCCUUUUCACCCCCAAAACAAGAACAUCUCACCUAAGAGAUUGCCUCCAUCUUCUUGUCUCUGAGAUUGUGAUUUCACAGAUCAUUUCUAAUCUCCACCUCGACUACACACUCCUCAGUAGUCAGGGGCAUUGUCUUUUGAGCUACUGAUCCACUGUUCUUGGCUACAGAAGUAAGAAUACACCUUCAUACUAGAUGAAUUGAGUUCCUGUCUUAGGGCAAGUCUAUACUACAGAUUAAGUUAUUGAGGUACAGCCACCACAGUAAUUAAAUGUAUUUUGCAUGUCCACACAACUCUCCUUGUGUCAGAGAUGCACAUCCUCGCCAGGAGAGCUUGCAACGAUUUAACUGUCAGUGUAGGGAUUUGUGGGGUUUUGAGAGGCAGGAACAGUUAGAGUAAGCAACGCAAUGUUUACACUGACACUGCAUUAACCUCAUUACAUUGAUGAAAGCACUAUGCCACUCAGAGGUGGAGUCAUUAAGUUGGUGCAGUGGGUGAGUUGCAUCAGUGGGAGCUACAUUUUAGUGCAGAUGCUUACAGAAGCAGGUCAAUGUAAGCUUACUUAUGGUCGACCUAACUCUGUAGCAUAGAUCAAGCUCCCGAUGACCACAGUCAGCUAACUUUGACUAUUUUAUAGUCUCCUAUCAAUCUUUCUUUGCAAUAAUAUGUAUUAUUGACAGAUCCCAGGUCCUAACUUGGGUGAAAGUGAUCAUGAAAUGAUAGAGUUCAUGAUUCUAAGGAAUGGCAGGAGGGAAAACAGCACAAUAAAGAGUCUGGACUUCAAGGAGACAGACUUUAGCAAACUCAGGGCAGCGGUAGUAGGUAAGCUUCCAAGGGAAGCAAGUCUAACAAUUCAAGAGAGUGAGUAGUUUUCCAAAGACAUUAUUAAGGGCACAAGAACAACCUAUCCCACUGUGCAGGAAAGAUAGGAAGUAUGGUAAGAAACUAUACUGACAAACAGGAGAUCUUCAAUGAUCUGAAAAAAUAGCCCCACAAAAAGUGGAAACUAGGUCAAACUCCCAUCUUCUUAGUAAAAAAAAUCCAAAUUCUCAGCCUACCUAUUAGCAAGAAAGGGAGAGACACCCCACAUUGUUAUUGACUUUACUCUUGGGAAACACUCAAAGGCUGUUUAUAUUAUGGGCUACAGUGGCAAUGUGAUGACACUGUAGCUAUGCAGCUGUAAACUGAUGAUUUGGAUAUACAUUACACUGACGGAAGGGGUUCUCUCAUUGUUAUAUUAACUCCACCUCCCUGAAUGAGGGUAGCUAGGUCAACAUGAGUGUUUUUUAAUCAACAUACCUGCAUCAACAAUGAGGGUUUAUAUGUGCAUAGCUAUGUUAUUCAGGAGAUCUGUAGAUUUGUUGAUCUAUGUUUUAAGUGUAAAUCAGACCUGAAAUGGUACAGCUAUGAACACCCCAUAUAAAAGCCUAGAUAAAAGGAAAGAAGGGAAUGGGGUGAGAAGACAGGAAAAUGCUAAAAAGCAUUCAAUAGAAAGAGCUAGAAUGACACUCUACCAUAGCACACCAGAAGCUUCUUCAUGAAGCAGAGCCAAGCAUAAAUUGGCUGCAAAGUUCAGAAGCCAGCAUUUACUCCCGUGAUGGGCAACCAAGGCUAAUGCCCUCCAUCUUAGUGGGCUGCAAAAUUGUCAUUACCAAGAUGGUCUCCCAGGAUAGGGUAGUUUUGCUACCUGUGACUGUGUACCUAGAAUUUGCAGGUUGUACUGACUGUACCACAGCAGCGCUGGAAUGGGAUGCAGAGGGAGCACAUGACUUUCACAGUCAACGUUGCAUGCAAUCAGCAAGCACCUCAUUUCAUGUGCCCUUG